AUGGAUUCAAUUUAUGAAAUUAAAGUAACCGAAUAUCCAAUUGUUGUAAAAGACACAAACGACAAAUCAUGGAAAACUGUACCUGAGUUCAACAUUACCGUAAAGACAAGUCAAGCUGAUCUUUAUGUAAUCAGGUACAUUCCUGAUUUCUAUAGUUUUGAUCAUUUGGUCAAGACGCACUACCAAAAGGUCAAGGUGCCCUUUCCCAGCUUAUCCGAAUCCAUCUCCAAAGCAGAAAAGAGGAAAAGUAUCCGAAACUUCUUUCACAUGUCCAUGAAAUCCAAUGCUGAAAAGGUCGAGAAAUACUUGUAUCGUUGCUCAAUGGACCCAAUUCUCAAGAAUUCAACCCUUUUACGAGAUUUCUUCUCUCCUCAGAGAGAAGGUGAUUUGAUAAAAGAGAAAUCACAUGUAUCCACAUCCCCCUCAUCCCUCUCACAUGAUCCACACGACACACCCGCAUCAUAUUCGCCACAACUCAAUACUACGACACUGGAUGAUUCUAUUGUCGAUAGCAGAAUUGACGUUGGCAAGGUCUGGGUACCCAGUCCGCAUCCCUCGAUUAUUAGUUUACCCAACUCUAUCAAAACGAAUAGCCGAGACGAUCAAGUAGAUAGAGAGGAGGAAGAGGAGGACGGCCAAGACGAUGACUUGAUUGAUAUACUCUCCAGACACUCUGAUCACCCUCAGCAGCACUACCAAGAUACCUUCCCCCUUGACCAUCUGGAAAUGAUCAAAGUCCUAGGAAAAGGCUGCAUGGGAAAAGUUGUAUUGGUAAGAUCUCAAAUAACCAAGGAGUUGUACGCUUUAAAAUCCAUUGUCAAGGAGCAUGUGAUUGAGCAAAGAGAGAUAACCCACACACUGGAUGAAAGAAAUAUUCUGGCUAAACUUGCUGAAAUUGAUCAUCCCUAUCUCGCUAAGCUGCACACCUCGUUCCAAGACGAGCAUCGAUUGUAUUUGCUGACCAACUACUACUGUGGCGGUGACCUUGCUACACACAUGGCUAGACUCUACAAUUUCACUCCAGAAUGCGCACUCUUUUAUGCAGCUGAAAUCAUCGAUGGUAUUGGUGAACUGCAUCGCUUGGGUGUCCUCUACAGAGAUUUGAAGCCCGAGAACAUCCUGCUCAGCGGUGAUGGCCAUAUCGUCCUGACAGAUUUCGGCCUAAGCAAGUGGUUGACGGAAGAAGACGACUACACAACACAGACAUUCUGCGGCACAGCGGAAUACUUGGCUCCUGAAGUGCUUUUGGGAGAAGCUUAUUCAUUCCCCAUUGACUACUGGAGUUUCGGUACCAUUUUGUAUGAAAUGCUGGCUGGUAUCACACCUUUCUGGGCCGACAACCACUCAGACAUGUACCAGCGUGUGUUGACUGACGUCUUGGAGUUUCCAGCAGACGUUUUUGAUUACGAAACAGCUGAAUUUUUGUCUGAUAUACUGGAUCGAGAUCCCAGAACUCGUCUUGGAGCCCAAGGCGUCGAAGAAAUCAAAGAUCACGUUUAUUUUGCGGAUAUUUCAUGGGAUGAUAUCAGAAAUCGUAGACUGCAGCCUCCUUACCUUCCUCCUGUCACUGACGAGCUCGACUUUACCAAUUUUGAUCCUGAUUUCCUGGCAAUGUCUCCUGCUUUGACUCCCAUUCCUUCCGAGAUUGAAUUCUCUGAUGAAGUGCAAGACAUUUUUGACGGCUAUUCGUUCACAGACGAAAGAUACUUUGAGUUGGAGCACCAGCAGCAUGUGGAAUAUGAUCGGUCUCACCAACAUCAAGAUGGAUUUUAUCACGAUGUAUCAGAGGAGGAAAAAGACUCGGAGGACGAGCCUCCUUUGUUCCAACCCGCCAGAAAGCGUGGCAGCAUCAGCAUGCUAUCCAAUGUGGACAGCUUUUGUUUAGAUGAUGAUGUGCUUGUCAAGCCCAGCUUUGCAAAGAGCCCAUUUUCGUCAGUGGACGGAUUUUCAUCUGAAGAACAUGCGCGCUAUGCCAAAAGACGAAACACAAGCGCUUCAGAUAACCAACAGCUAUCCGAACAGCAACCUGAACAACAAGCUACGCUGGUCGUAAUGAGUUAUCCCAUUGUCAAUGAAAAGCCUUCAGUCCAUGAUACCGUCUCAUCGUUUGAGGAUCUUGAAUUCUCCAAACUGCCUGAUCUUAAACUUUCAUUCAACCUUCAACAAGAUCAACAACACAAACAGCAACAGAUUCCUGCUUCCACCAAAUCCUCAAAAACGCACACCAGCAGCAAAACCCGGAGAUUUUUCUCUCUUUUAUUAUAA